AUGAUACAAUCUGUAACAUCUAAAGCAGAAGAUCUGCUUCAAGCACAACCAGCAUCAGAAAUUUCGAGCAAAUAUGAAACUCUCAGUAAACAAGCUAAGGAACUGUAUGCAAAGCAGAAAGAGACGGUCGAGCAACAUCAAGCCUUCAUUGAUGCUGGAAAUGAUUUCAUGCAGUGGAUACGAGCAUCUAAGGAAAAGCUGAGUAAAUGUUCUGAACCAACUGGCGAUAAAGAAUCUCUUAGCAGUAAAGUAACUCAGCUGAAGGUAUUACAAAGUGCACAAGAUGAGGGGCAACAAAAAUUGGAGAAAGCAUUAGAGCAGGGCAACGUUGCUUGCCAAGUGGCAGAUGAAGAAGACAAAGAAGUAAUUGAAGAAGAAGUGGCUCUUCUUCAGGAGGAAUUUGAUACUUACAUUGAGUCAUUAAAUCGUACUAAGAGUUUGCUGGAAGUUGGCAUAGUUAAAUGGACUGAAUAUGAGGACCAUUAUCAAGAAGCAUCUGAUUGGCUGACACAAACUGAACAACUUGUACAGACUUUUAAUAAAUUACAAGAUAGCUUAGAAGAAAAGAAAAAUGUUCUGGAAGAAUUUCAAGCACACUUACAAACUCUAUUUGACUGGCAAAAAGAACUGGAUAGGCUGAAUAUGAAAGCUCAAGUACUUUUAGAAACUUGUGCUGAUUCAAGAAUCAGUAAUGCUGUUACUCAGAUGACUACAAAAUAUAAUGCUCUGUUAUCAUUAGCAAAAGAAAUAAUGCGACGAUUGGAACUGCAUUAUCAGGAGCAUCAACAACAUAGUACUUUGUAUCAAGAAUGUCAAGAUUGGGUUGAUCGCACCCGAGAUAAAUUACAUGAAUGCCAAGAAAUUCCUAACACCCUCACUGAUGUCAACAACAAAGUUGCUACGGUUAAAGGAAUUCGUCAAUCAUUGGAGCAAGGUCAAAAUAAGUUAAGGUAUGUGCUGGAAUUGAAGGAAAAAGUUAUUUUAAAUACAGAGCAGAAUGGAGCAGCAAAAAUUCAGGAAGACACUGAAAAUUUAAAGAUAGAAUUUGAGAAACUGAUGGUUGAUGUACAAGACCUCAGGCAAAAGUUAGCUGCUCAAGCUACUCAUCUGGAAGAUAUUCACAAGGCCCAGAAAUUGCUAUUAGAUUGGCUUGAUGAAGUGGAACAGAAAAUACAGCCAGAUGAGAUUAGUGAAAAACGAGCUGUGUUAGAGAAGUUCCGAAAUGUACAACGUGAUAUUAAUUGCCAUUCUGAAAUGGUAGAUCGCUUAAAAUCUCGGGUGUCUGAAGAACAAUUUGUGCCCACUAAGGAGUACAAUUCUUGCCUUGAAAGAUACCAAAAACUCAAAGAUUUAGUAGCUCAGAAUAUAUUGACUUUGGAACAACAAGUAAAUAAACAAGAGUUGCAAAAGCAAGCAUAUAAUGAUGCUUUGGAUUGGCUGCGUAAAACAAGAAUUGAAAUUCAACAGUGUAGUGACCCUCAUGGUGAGAAAGAAACAAUUCAAAAGAAAGAAGAAAAGAUGCUUGAUAUUAAAAAGACCUUCCCUGAUGGUGAAAGAUUAGUUGAACAUGCAUCAGAACUGAGUGCUACUGUGAUGAGUUCUGUUGGAGCAGAAGCUCAAGAUGCUUUACGUCAAGACAUUCAGCAGCUGAAAACUGAUUGGCAGAGUUUACAAGUUAUGAGUAAAGAAACUGAGAAAAUGUUGUCAAAGUGUAUUGCUGUUUGGAAUGAUUUCACUAAUACGUUUAAUAGUAUGAAAGACUGGUUAGGAGAGUUUCAAGCUAAAGUUGCUGCUGAGAAUGAGGAAGAGAAGAAAACACCCGAUGAACUACAAAAGUGUAGAGCUCUUCUUCAAGAAGCAAUUCAGCAGAAAGUUGUAAUGGAAGGACUAAAUGAUCGUUGUGAAACUUUGAUGGAACUCAGUGCUUGCAGUUGGGUUCGCGAUCAAACUGUUCAAUUACAGGGACUCUAUACCAAUUUGCUUACUAGUAUUCAGGUGUUAGUUUCUCGAGCUGAAAAGAAUUUGUCAGAUCAUACAGAAUUCUUGAAGGCUAAAGAGGAAGUUGAUUCGUGGUUGAAAAGGGCUCAUGGAACAGUACAAGACUGCAUUGGAGUUGGCAAUGAAACUGUUACUCGUGACAAAUUGGAAACAAUUCAGCUGGUGUCAACUCGAAUGACUGAAGGUCAGCAUCUGAUGUCUGUAAUGCAAGAUGUUUUUGCUAAAGCAAUUAACACUGCUCCAGCUGAUCACCAGGAUAAUUUGCGAGAGGACAUGACGCAACUACGUAACAGCUGGGAUCAGCUUAAUAUGGAUUUGACCUCUGUUAUGGCACAGCUCAAAGCUGCACUAUCUCGAUGGGAAGAAUAUAAUGAACAAAAAUCUCAACUGGAAACUUGGAUGAGCAAUAUGGAAGAAACACUGAAAGAAACACCAGAUACCAAAGGAGAACUUGGUGAAAUGAAAACGCUCAUAGAAAGAUUUAAGCAUCUUCAAGCUGAGGUUAAUAGCAAAAAAGGAGAUUUAGAUCAUCUGCUCUCUGAAGCAGCGGAACUUGCAGUGUGGGCGUCUCAGCCAACAGUACUGGAAGAAGUACAAAAGUUGCAAUCUCGUUGGGAUAAUUUGUCUAGACGUUGUGUGACAUGUCAAGAAGCCCUUGAGUUAGAAAUUGGAGAAUAUACAGCCUAUCACAAUUCACUGCAGAACACAGAAAAAUGGAUCUUACAAACAUCUUUCACUUUAAUGGCCCACAAUUCUUUGUACAUAACAAAUAAACAACAAACCUUAGAACAAAUCCAGCAGCAUGAGGCCUUGCUUGAAGAUAUUCAGAAAUAUCAAGCUGUUUUGGAUGAUAUAAGAGCUAAAGGACAUGGUCAAAUUAAGCGUUAUGUGAGUUCCACACCAUCCAUUCAAGAAACAAUUGAGAAACAACUUAAUAAUGUGCAGGACAGUUAUAACUCUCUUCUUCACACUGCUAUACAGAUCAAGAAACGUUUAAUGGAGUCUUUGGCUAAAUUUCAAGAAUAUGAGGAAACAUUGGAAAGCAUAAAAAAGAAUUUAGAUGUCUAUGAACAAUUAAUUACCAAGGACUUUCAGCCACCAGUUGGAAACUUGGCUCUCACUCAUCAGCUUUUAGAAGAAACACGUGAGCUCCAUAAUAAACUUCAAGCAGAAAAGUCUCGCUUGGCAGUUGCUGUUCAAGCUUGUGAAGCUGCUGCUGCAUGUAUCUCACGUCCGAGCAGUCCUCAAGAUACAAUGCCUCCUCCUAUUCCGGACAGUGAACUUUUAGUACGUGCUCGUCUUGAAGAUUUCAUUGACCAGGUCCAGAGUCAAAUGUCUGCUCUUACUAAUCUUGUAAGCGAACUUGAGGAAGGUCAAAGGUAUUGUGAAGCAUUACAGAAGUGGAUUGUGGAACAACAAGCUAUCGUACAAGACUGGGGCAGUAGACCAUUGAAAUUGCGUCCAGAGGCUGCUGUUGCUGAACAACAGGCCAUGAAGGAUUUAGAAUCUGCCAUAAAAGAACGCCAACAAAAGUUGAGGAAUGAAUUACCAGCUGGAGAAAACACUUCCAAUUUACUGGAGGAACUUAAUCAACUAGAAAACAAGUUAACUGCUGUUCGUGGUAAGAAAGAUACUGGCCAGCAAACAAUUGAGGAAUUUAGGCAGAAAAUAAAUGAUAUUCAUAGCUUUCUGGAUACGUUGAGUAAGAGAAUAGAAGAACUUGAUAGAGGAAAUGGACUUGAUUGUGCCCAAAAAAUAUCAGCAUUAGCUGAUAUAGAGAAAAUAUUUAAUAAUGAGGCAUCACCAAAAGUGGAAGAAGUAAAACAACUUGGUUUAAAAGUAAUGGAUAUCACCAGCAACCUAGAUGCUCAACAAGUAGAAGAACAGCUCAAGUCAGUUGAACGGCGAUACAAUGAUAUUGCUAAGAGAAUCCAGCGCAAGUCUCAGGUCCUUAAAUUAACACACAAAGGCUUAGAAGGAGCUCGCCAAGAAAUAGAAAGUGCCCGCACAUGGAUACUUGAGAAAAUGGCUCUUGUUCAAGCUCCCCCUCCACUUGGCUUUGAAAGCAAAGCUGCAGAAGAUCGGCAGCAAGCAUUGAAGUCUCUGGUCAAGGAAGUGGAGGGCAAGAAAGUUCUCUUAGAAACUCUUGAGAAGCGAUUAAAUAAUAUGCAAGCGGAAUUGGAGCCUAAUGAGCAGCAGGUCUUAGAAAGUCAAUUGUUAUCACUUACCUCUGAUCACAGCAAUCUUCUAGCAGCUUUGAAGGCAGAACAGGAGCAUGUGGCAGCAGCAACAGAUGCCCGUCGUAAACUGGAGGCAGAUAUUGAAGCUGCACGUAACUGGCUGAAGGCCAAAAAUGGUGAAUUUAAAAAAUUAGGAGGAUAUGUCCCUCUACGUGUUUCUGCAAUUGAAGCAGAAUAUCAGCUGCUCAAGCAAUUUGAAAAUGAAAUAAAAGCUUUUCACAUGAACAAUUUAAAUGAAAUAAUAAAGCAAGUCAAUGCCAUUGAAAAAGAUUGUACAGAACCAGAAAAGCAGAAACUGAAGAACAAUCUUCAAGAAUUACUCAAAGAAUAUGAAACUCUCAAUAACACUGUUAAUCAAAAGACUGAAUCCCUUUUGGAUCUCCUAAACUCACGAAAACAGUUUGAAGGUGAAGUAAACAAAAUAAAACAUUGGUUAAAUGAAGCAGAAGUUGCCACAUCUGCAGAGAUCAGAGUUAGUAACAUGGGACUUUUAGAAGAGCAACUUGCAAAGUAUGAUAAACUCCAUAAGGAAGCAGAGAAUAUUCAAGGUAAUAUAGACAAUGUAAUUCUUCAAGCCAAAAAUAUCUUGCUAUAUGUGAGUGAAGCAGACAAACUGACUCUCUCAGAAGAAAUAAAUGCUAUGAAAGAUAAACAUGCCCGCAUCACUGGUAUUAUAUAUGACCGAUCUGAUGCAUUGCAAGGACAAUUAAAACAAUAUAAAGAUGCUGCUGCUAAAAUUUCUGAAAGUGUUCAGUUCAUGACUGAAAUUCAGAAGGAACUGAAAGAUCUGAAUCGUCCCAUCAGCAGUAAAAUUGAAGAUGUACAAGGAAUGUUAGAAUCUUAUGAGAAAAUACUUGCAGAUUUGAAAGCAAACAAACUUAAGUUAGGACAUCUUCAAGUUGGUAAUGUCAGUGAACUGCAAGGAAUCACUCAACAGCAGGAUGAUUUAAUUCAAGCUAUCGAAGCCCAAAUAGCUCGACUGAGGCAGCUGCUACUUUUGCGGGAACAAUUUAUUGCACUUAUUACUGAAAUUAUGACUUUUAUUACAAAAUAUACUGAAGUAGUUCGUGAUAUAGAGAAAGAAGGUCAUACGGUUGAAGAGAAAAUUCGCAAAUAUGAUGAUGUCAUUGUUAAAAUUCAAGAAUGUGAAGCUCUCUUAGCAUCAGCUACUGAUAAAGGUCAACAGAUUGCUGCUGAAGGCUCAGUAUCUGAUCGCAACAGCAUUACAGAACAGUUGCAAUCACUGAAACAGUCAUUACAAGCCUUACGAAGAGCAGUUGAGAAACAACGUGAGCAACAUGAAAUGACUGUGGCUGAACACAAAAAACUAGCAGCAGAACUGGAAGAGGUUUUGGAUUGGCUACAUGCAAAUGAAGCAGCUGUCCGAUCUCGUCCCCUAUUGGAUCGUGAUCCUACAAGUGUUAAUGUGGAAAUUGACAAGCACAAGGAAUUAGCUACUCAAGUAAACAGUUAUCUGGAUCGUAUUCGUGCUGUGCAAGAUAGUGUUCGACAUGAUGAUGGAAUGCCUGGUUCACUCUUGGAGAAACUUAGUGAAGCUAAUUCAUUGCUUAAUACUCUUCCUGCUGAACUAGAAGAAAGAGGCAAAUAUUUGGAAAUGAAUAAAACAUUGCGUGUUGAGUAUGCAGCUUUGAAGGAUCGUCUACAUAAUUGGGUGCGUGAUGCUGAAGUCCAUCUUAAUUCAAAUUCUGAGGGAAUAGACUUCGAAAAUAUAGUUCAAGAACUAGAAGAACACAAGGUAUUUUUUGGAAGUGAAGCAUCAAUGAAGGAACUAGUUUCUCAACAUAUUCAACAAGCUGCUGAUCGUAUCUGGCCAUCUCUAUCUGCACCUGAACAGGAAGAACUCAGUCAAGAACAACAACAACUCACUCAGAGUCUCAAAAAUACCUUAAAUUUAGCAAGAUCGAAACAGGCUCUUCUGGAGCAAAAUAUAGAGGUGUGGCGAGAUUACUGCCAUGCUCUUGAUAAGGUUCAAGCUAUAUUAAGCCGUAGUCAAUUCAGUGAUGAACCAGGAUGCACUCUUGCUGGUCUACAAUUUAGCAUUCAGAAAAUAAAUCAUGCUUUAACUGAUAUACAGAAUCAACAAAAUGAAAUAGACUUGCUAAAUGAUCAUGCAAAAGAAAUUAAGCAACAAGCUGAUAAAAACAAUGCAGAAAAAAUUGAUUCUCAAGUGAAGAAUAUGAAUACUAGAUGGACAGAGUGUAUCACAGGUUUGGAAACUCGUCGAGACAAUUUGCAAACAUUGUCUGUUGACUGGGAGGAAUUUGAGAAGAAUCUUCAAAAUUUUGAAACCUUGUUAUUUAGUUAUGAAGAGAAAACUCGCCAUGUGGAUACUGUUGUUCGAUCAAAGGCUCAAAUAACAGAAGUAAAGCAAUCGUUACAGGGUCUCUUGUCAGAAAUACAGGACUGUAGUUCCCUUCACGACAAUAUUUUAUCACUUUCUGUGCCGGUAAUAGAGUACUUGAAAACAACAUCUGAAUCUGCAGCCCAAAGCCUUCAAGAAAAACUGAAUAAUACUUCAAGCAGCUAUCAGCAAUUAAAGAAGACUGUGCAAAAUAAGUUGAGCAAAGCCAAUGAAGACUUAGAAAAACUGACUCAAGUACAAGCUAAUAUUUCAAAACUUCAAGGAGAACUUAAUCCUCUUCAUUCUAAAAUUCAGACCUUUGAUGAAUACGGAGGUGACUGGGAAACUAUUGAAAAGUCAUUGCAGGAAUUGGUUUCACAAGUGAAACAGGCUGUUGGAUCUUCAAAAGAUUUUAUUACUCAAACAAAGGAACAAUACACAUCCUACCAGCAGUCUACACCUAGUGAUAUAGUGCAAGAGAUGUCUACUCUUGAGUUGUUGGCAGAGACAGUUUCAAAUGCAAUGGAUGAAAAAGAAAGACAAAUUAAUCGUGUUCACUCACUGCGUUCUGAUUAUAAUAAAGAUACUGCAGAGGUUUCAGAAUGGCUUCCUCUUGCUGAAUCACGUGUUAAAGAUAGAUCAGUUGAGCCACAGAUAAUGAAAGAUAGUUUAUCGCAAAUUCAGUCUGAAUUGUGUGCAAUUGGUGAAAAAUUAGAAAGACUUACUAGGAAUGGGAACCUCAUUUUGGAGAAGACUCAGAAUGAAGGAGAACGUAACCUUAUCCAGAACACAAUUUCAAGCCUUACAGAACAAUAUUCACAAAUAAAAUCCUUACUUGAUGAGCGAAAGCAACAGGUUGGAAAUGCACUUGAUGCCUGGCAGAAUUUUGAAGCUCUGUACAACACUGUUCAAGCAUGGGUUGCUGAAAAACAAACAUUUUUGGCAGAGCCAUUUCAACUCAGUAGUCUGACACAAGCUCGCCAAAGACUGCAAGAAUAUACAAGUGCUGUGAAGAGUUGCAAAGUAGCUACUAAACAAGUGCAAGAUAUGACAAAAGCUCUUGAGCUUAUAGGACAAGUGGCAAGCUUAGGAGAUUUAUCAGAAAAACUUGAUGAAGUGACAGAAGCAAAAGGAGAUGUGGAAUCGCAACUACUUGAAAGGAAUGCUUUGCUUCAAGAGACUAGUGAAGAAUGGGAACAGUGUGAGAAGAAAAUGAAAGAUGUUAAAUCAUGGAUUGAAAAAUCUCGCCAGUCACUUGAUUCACCACUCUAUAAGAAAAAACCUUUAAGAGAUCAAUUGACAAUGCGUGAAAAAAUGAUUGGUGAUAUGGCUAUUCAGAAAAAGAAGAUAACUAUUUCUGUAGAGAAAUUGAAGGUACAUUUUAGAUCAGGAGUGGGUGGGGAUACUAAAGUGACAGAGGCUACUGAAGAGAUUCUGCAGGAGCUAGACCAGCUUUUGAGGUCUGUUAAAGAACAAAGUGUACAAUUAGAGGCUUGCCUCGCUCAGCUUGACCAGUAUCAACAGGAGAUACAACAACUGAGACAACAAAUAGUUCAAGUUGAACAACAACUUAGAGUAGUUCUAAGCCCAACAUAUUCUCCACAUGACCGUGAUAAGGCACUUGAAGAACAAACUGGCUGGCAACAGGAUGUCAACACAUACCGAAAAAGAAUUCAAGUUCUCACAAAAUCUAUUCAUGAGAUGGAUCCAUACUACCUUGUUGUUUGUGAGAAGACUACAGAUCAAGAAGACAAAGAACCUCACAUCCAGAGAAUAAUUAAAAGUGAAGUACUUUCUCAAAAGCCAUUGAAUACAACCGAUAGCAGUUUGAAAACAGAACAACAUGUCUUAUAUCCUGGAUCAGUCUCGUAUGCUGAUGUUGCUGCUGGUCGCACAAGUCCGUGUGCUUUUGACAAGAACAAAGAUUAUUACUGUCCUUUACCUACCUCACAAAUACCAAAAUCUGAUUUCUCAACCAUCCAUUUUAGUAAUAAUAAUGAGUCUUUUGAUUCCCUUCAUCCCAAAAAGGGGCCCUCUUCUCUUGGUGAGGGGGAAAAAAGAGACUCCUUGAUAGACAAUGCUAGUGUAUCAGAAAUACCUGUAACAUGUGCAGUGGAAAUAAUAGAACCACAAAUUGGAACACCUAUUGCAUUGCACAAAACAUACCAUCCCUGGCCAAAAUCAGAGCAGAAUAAUCAAAACAGUCUUGAGUCAGAAGUGUUAUCACAAGCAAUGGAGAGGCAGUUUUUAGAAACUGAGUCAUUUCAUUGCCAACAACAAAGGCAUGUGUGGGUUCCUGGAUCUCUUACUUAUGCUGACAUUUUAAGAGGUAGACAUGGUUCAUCUUCAGAUCUCAGUGAUAACCAAAGGCUAACUGCAGAUUCUCUGGAAAUAAUAGAUAAAUGUAUGGAUCAAUCAAGAGAAAUCAAACAGAGCAAUCAUUAUGAUUUAGCUGUUUCUGAUGGCAUGCCUUCCUCACUUCCAUCUCAGCCAUUCUUGCCCUCAAUAGUUUCUAUUCUGUCAAGUGCUGAACAUCCUAUUUCAGUUGAUGAUGUUAAUAAGACACAACAUUUUCAAGAAAAGGCACAUUUUAAACCUGAAGUUGGUGUUAAUAUGUAUGAAAGUGUUCAUCAGCAGAGUUCUUUAACUCCAGAUUUAAUUGGCCUAAUUCCCUCUGGUGAAGAUUUUCUUAGGUCUAGCCAUGAAGUAUAUGAGUCUUCAGUACACCAAUAUCCUGAAGAAUCUUCUGAAACACUUGUGCCUACGGAACCUAGUCACAAUAACAAGACAGUAAUUCUGAGUGAAAUGAAACCUGACACUAAGUUAUAUAUCUCUCAACAGAAUACAGCCCAACAACCUGAGACAUUUUGGAAAAAUGAGCCAUUUUUAGAAUCAUCCCAUGAACAGAAUGCAGAACCUAGUACUGUUGCUGUUGAUCCUUCAUUCAGUUCCCAUCAGUCAGAUAAGGAAACAAUUGAAUGUUUCUCAGUAACUGGAAAUGAAGAAAGUGAUAAGGUUCCUUCAUCAACAAUGCCCAAAGGAUUUUUAGAUGCUUACCAGAAUGAUACUACUAAGGUUCAUCACUUGUCAUAUGCUCAGAUUUUGGCUCAUGGGCUUCACAACAAACACCUCAGCAACCCACCCACAUCUCAUUAUUCUUCUGAUGGAAGUAAAAGAUCUGAAAUACAGUUCCUGAUUAACCAAACAGACAAAGACUUCACACAUUUUCCAGAUCCUGAAGAGUCUGACACCAGUACAAAUAGAACAUUCCCUGUUGAAAUUCAUUCAGUUUCUGACCAAGAUGUAAGGCGAAAUAUGGCUAUUCUGAACAAGAACAAACACUUUGAAGAUGCCAUAAUUCCAUCUGACAAGGCCAGAAAGUACAAACAUGAUACUGAAGGACAUACGUUUAAAGAAGGUAAAAUAGAUAUUGUUACAUCGCAUUCUGAACUUACACUACCACAUACCAUUCUUGCAUGCCAUACUAGUGAAAAGAAACAGUCAUCUCCAGUGGGUUCUGAAAAAUCCAAACUAGAAAUAAAAGAAAAUGAUGAAAUGAAAACUCAAGAACUUCUGCCAACCUACACUUCCUCCAUUGAAGGUGAAAUUGAUGAUCCAAUGAAAUUUAAUAACCAAGAAUCAAAUUGUAAUGUGUUAGUAGCAAGUAAUUCAAUGAGAAAGAAGAAAAGUAAGAAGAAGAAGAAAAAGAAAAUUAAUUUUCCAGAUGAUAAAACAUUAUUAGAAGAUGAAAAAGUGAAUGAGGAAAAUGACGUUGAGAUGGAGGAUGAGAGUAAGAACAGACUAAUUAUUUUGGAAAAACCUGAAUCUGUUAAUGUUUAUUCAGAGCAGAUUGGUACUUCUGGUAUAAUGGAUUCAUCACAGGCCCAUGGAGAAGAGCAGACCAAUGGCAGAGAUUUCUCAAGUUACAAUUACUAUCUAGAAUCUCUUGAUAGUACUUCAUCAAGUACACCACCUACAAAGUUUCAAAAAGUAGAAACUACUAAUUGGACUACUCUCACUUCAGGAAGACACAUAUGUCAAUCAGAGCUUGUAAUGCUUCCUUCAUCUGCAAAUCAGGGCACAGUUUCUGAAAUAAGCUUUGAAUUGGAAUCACACAUGCCAAGACAUAGUAAAUCAUCCAAUGUUAAUACGGCAGAAGUCAUUGAUAUUGAUGAUAAUCGACUUGCUGUGAAAGAAGACUUUGAUAGUUCUCCUCCUACUUCAGUUACCAAGGCUGGUGAAAAUGUGAUCGUUUCAUUAUCCUCUCCUUUGACAAUUGAAGAAACUAAGGAGAGAAAGAAAAGAAAGAAAAGGAGUAAGAAGAAAGGUGGUAAUGUUGGCGAAAAUUGGGAAACCAGUUUUCACAGCACAGAUAGUGGCUCUGCAAGUAAACUAGAAGAAACCCAAUUUUCUGUUAAUGAAACUGACAGUUCAGUAAUAGAAGAAAUAUCUGUGCAUGAAACUGGUUUCAGUCAGUUUACACUUGACUCCGAAAGGGCUUCUGAAAAAAAGAACAGGGAAGAAUUUAGUGACACUCUUUCAUGUGCUUCAUCAAUUGUUGACUUGAGAACAAGAGAUUGUAAUAUUGAUGAAACAAAAGAGAAGCCUGAGGUACUGCAGUCACAAGAUAAAUCAGAGUUUCACCAUGAAAAUGAAUUGAGUGUAAAGAUCGAAUCUAAAAAGAGAGAGGCAAGAGAUACAAAAGAUGAAGUGAGCAGGCGAAAGGCAACUCGUAAAAAGACUAAUAAGAAGCACAAAGAUUCCCAACAAGCACGUAUGUUGUUUUUAACAGAAGAUGAAAAGAUCAACCUCACUGAUGUUCCUGAAAAUCACAAACAAUGUACUGAUUCAGAACAUGAGAAAAAAGAGAGAAAAACCUCGGAGAAUGUUCCUGAUUAUGAGGUUUCUGAAUGUAUAACUGAGUCAAAUAGAAGUGAACAUUCAUAUCCUGAAAUCUCAUCAGUAAUUGAGAUCAAAACUAAUAUUGAAACAGAAAGUCCAUCACAAUAUUCUGUUCAACCAUUACCUGAUCAUAAGAUGGCAAAUAAUUUCAAGAGUGCUUCUGAAGAAAUUUCUUUACAUCAAGCAAUAUCUUCUGAAGAAAAUCCUCAAGUGUCAAAUAUUGCAGAUACCACUAUACAUAAAAAUUACAACAAAAGUGAAAUUAAUAUUCACUCUACAACUAUAAAUGAAAGUGAAAAAUCAAGAUAUGAAGGUGAUAUAAAAAAUGAUAAUUAUUCAGAACUUUCUGAUCCAAUUUUGAAUAUGAAGUCAGAUGUGUUUUACAAGUUUUCCCAAGACUUGGAAUCCUCAUCAUUGGAUUUAAUCGAUGCAAAAUUGGAUGAGACAAGGAAUCUAGAAGACAAGAAUAUAGAUCUCAGGCAGAAAGACUUUUCCUCUAAAUUGACCCACACAGAUCUUCAAAAAGAAGCUGGAGAACCAAGCUUUCAGAAAAGAAAGAGGAAAUUUGAUAAGAAUUUGAAUAAUGAGGAUAUCACAACAGUUAUGUAUGAACCAUAUCAGUCAGUAAUUUCACUUGCAUUAAGAGAUCCUGUAGAGUCAGUAGUAACAUCGACUGAAGAUGGAGAAAAUAAAAAUUUGGUUUCACAAGAUGUUUCCGUUCCUCUAGUGCCCCUUCAAGUUGUUAAAAAAGAGGUUGAAAAUACAAAAUUUUUGACUUCAGUUUCUGACAUUUCCCCAGAACCUGACAACCUGAAUUUUUUCCAGAAAGGAAGUACACAAGAAAAUGAAUUACAAGACAAACAUAAAGAAAUUAAGUCAGAUAUUGGAAUUAGUGAUCAGGCAUGUGAUACUCGAUUUAUGUAUAAAAAUGAAGGUAAUAAUGAAGAAAUAGGUCUACAAACUGAUAUCUCUAGUUUGCAUUUCCAAAUGACUGAUCGAGAAAAUGUGCCAUCAUCAUCUUCAGGAUCAAUAAUGUAUGAAUAUUCACAACCUCCAGAUGCUUUUAUAGACAAUAAUAUAAUUGAAGAAGUUAAUAAAGUGUAUGUUGCAGAGGAGAGUCUUGUAGUAAAUGAAGAAAAUCCAUCAAUUUGCAGUCCUUUAGAAGAGAAAAAAGAGUUCACUGAAAUGAAAUUUGAUGUUUGCAGCACAGCUGGCGAGCUUGACAAAGAUUCAAAUAUAUAUUUGCCAUUAACUUUACCUGCAACAAAUACUGUGGAACAUCAGUUUUUCUUCAGAGAUUCAAAUCAAACUGGGGAUAUGAAUGUCUUUGAAACAAUACCAGAUGGAAACAAGGUAAUUAAUUCUAAAUGCGACUCAUCUGAGGAAUUAAGAAAUAAACAUAACUUGGAACUUCAAGCUUUGAAUUUUGGUGCAAACAGUGUGUUAAUUCCACAACAAUUUGAAAUGUCUAAUAGUUAUUUUUCUACUACUAAAUUGAGAGAGGAACAUCAUUCUGUGGAUAAUAUUCAUAUUGCUAGCUACAAAAUAUCAGAUGCCAAUCAUGAAAAUAAAAGUGAAAAUGCAACACAAAGGCAUGCAAUUGAAUACAGUCUUGUUAGAGAAGUUUGGCCGUAUUAUUUGUACACAGAGGCAGAAAGAAAUUGGUACAUGCUACAACAAAAAGAACAGCUCAUAAAUACUCUGAAAUUACUUGAAGAUGAUGGACAGAAACAUGUUGCACCAUCAACAAGUGAAUCAGAGUUGGCUGAAGUAAUAAGUAAUUCUUACAGUAUAAGUGAAAAUGAGUUAUUGGAAAAUACAGCAGAAAUGAAACCAAAAUCAUCUGUGGAUUAUUAUACUAUGGAACUCCCCAGAUAUGCCAUGAGUUCUUUAUUAGACAGUGAAAGAACAUGGAAAGAAUUAACUGCCCUUAACUCAAUAUCUAACCAUGGCAAAGAAUAUCAAGACACUGCAAGUGAUAUAGAAACUACUCAGUUCAAUGAUCAAAUACUUCUAGAUCAACUUACAAGUCAAGAAGCAUAUUCCACUCAUCCUGUAAAUAUGUCAGAAAAUAAAAGAGAAGAUAACUUGCAACAUUCACUUACCAGUUAUCUUCUUGAAGAUAGUUCAUUACCAAAAUAUCCUAUAAGUGUGUUAUUGGAUGCUGAACAAAAUUGGAAAGAGGCAACAGCAAUUAAUUUAAUAACCCAUGAUGAAGAUGUGCAUCUUUCUCAUGAAAAUUUGGCGGAAUUUAGUCAUACAUCCGAAGAUCAUGCAAACAAUCAAGAAUCACAUCCAUUGUUACAAGAUGCACAAGAUCAACUGGAAAGAAAUGACACUAAAUCUGAAGUAUUUCAAAAUUAUCUUAUUUUAGAUGAUUCAUUACCUAAGUAUAAUACUAGUGUUCUGUUUGAUGCUGAACAAAAUUGGAAGGAGACAGUAACAUUUCAUUUAACUUCUCAUGAUGAAGAUGAACAUCUUGUUCAUGAAAAUAUUGAUGAAUCAAAUGAAACAUUUAAUGAUUGUGCAACAAGCAAUGAUACAGAGCCAUCUUCACAAGAUCCUCAAAGUCAAACAGUAGGAAAAGACACAAAAUAUCAUGUGUUUGAAAAUCAUCUUCUAUUAGAUAAAUCAUUCCCUAAGUUUAAUACAAGUGCCUUGUUUGAAGCUGAACGAAACUGGAAGGAAACAGCAGUUUCUUUAAUGCCACAUGAAGAUGAUCAUCUUUCUCAUGAAAAUAUAGGUGAAUCAAGUGAUACAUGUGAAGAUCAGGGAAUGAGUAAAGGUAUGCAGCGGCCAUUACCAGAUAUCAAAACUCAAUUGGAGAUGAAAGACACAGGUCCUCUCAUAUUUGAAAAUCAUCUUCGCUUGGAUGAUGCAUUUCCCAAGUAUAACACUAAUGCCUUGUUGGAUGCUGAACAAAACUGGAAAGAGACAACAGCAUUUAAUUUAGCACCUUGUGAUACAGACAAGGAUCUUGCUCAUGAAAACAUAGGUGAAUCAAGUGAUACCUAUUAUGAUCACCCUAUGGAUCAGGAUACACAGCCAUUGUUACAGGAUCUUCAAAGCCAACCAGAGGUAGAAGACACAAAACAUCUUGUAUUUGAAGAAAAUAUUUUGUUGGAUGAUUCACGCCCAAAGAAUAAUACUGGUGUAGUGGAUGCUGAGCAAAACUGGAAGGUGACAACAGUGUUUAAUCUAACUUCACACAAUACAGAUGUGCAUCUUUCUCAUAAAAAAAUAAAAGGAUCAGGUGAUAUAUUUCAAGAUAUGGUGUCAUCAUUACAAGAUUCCCAAAUGCAACUGGAUGUAAAAGACCCAAAACACUUUGUAUAUGAUAAUCAUCUUUUGUUGGAUGAUUCGUUUCCUCAGUAUAAUACUACUGCCUUGUUUGAUGCUGAACGAAAUUGGAAGGAGUUAACAUCUGACUCAGAGAAUCAUGGUGCAGACAAACAUUCAUGUAGUGAAGUGAGUACAGAAGUGAAUGACUCAUGCAUUAUAGAUAAUUUACAGGCCCAAAUGAAUCAGGAACUACAAUUGCCUAGUGUUCCAUUGAAGGAUUCCCAGAGUAAGAGUGAAAUAGAAGAUAUUUCUUGCCAUAUGUUAGCAAGUCACCUAUUGGAUGAUUCAUUUUGGACAAAUAAAUGGUGUUUUGAUGAUGCAGAAUGUAAGUGGCAGGAACAGCAUGCAAGAUCAGUCCUCCGUUCCAAGCUGCAAGCUGUGCCUUCCACCCCUUAUGAAGCAUUCUGUUCUGGCUACAUUGAUCAGGAUGGUGAUCAUGGGAACCAUAAUAUCCCUGGUGCACCUGGAGUUGUUGAGUGGCAGACUGAAGAUGAUGGUGUUCAUCUUUUAACGAAGAAGGUCUUAGCAUCUGGAGAUCUUGACGCACUUCAAACAUCAUUGAAAGACUGUGAGAUGAGGCUGACAUCCCUCUCUUCAGAUUCUCUGCGCAACAUGUAUGAUGAUAUUUUGAUGAUUUGCGAUGCACUGAAAAGCAUUGAUGUUAAAGCUCAAACUCUGGAAGAAAUAAUUCAACAAUUACCCACUGAUCAAGAUGUCCAAAAUUUGAAUGUUGCAACAUCCAAUCUACGACGCCGUGUGACUACCCUGCUAUCGUAUACCAGUGAAGGUUGCUCGACUAUUGAGAGGAUCCAGGCCCAACAAGAGCAACAACUUCAAAAUAUUGCUCACUAUGAGGAACUGUUGAAUGAAAUUGCCUCAUGGUGUUCAGCAGCAACUGUGACUCUUAAUAUUGACCUCCAGAAUCUAUCCCAUCAACAGCUAUUGGAACAAAGAGAUGUGUUUGAGAUGAUUUCGCAAGAACUGGACCAACAUGACAAGAAAUUAAAAGAACUGAUGAUGAGCAAUGACAUGCAAACUCAUGCUGGUUGUUUGCAACUUGGAACAUCUCUUCAUCAACAACUGUUAUCUGUUAGAAACCUGCUUAUGGAUAUGGAUGUACAAGUUACAAAUCAAAUAACCGUCACAAAGGAACCAGAGAAAACAAAAAGAGCUGAAACUGUGGAAAUGAAAGAGGAGAAAUCAUCUGGUUAUCAAAAGCUACAUUCCAUUAAUGAACAGGAGUGUCAUUCUGCAUCAAUUCCGGGUGCUCUUCCAGUUCCAGAAAAAAGCCCUGAAGUUGUUGAAAAGCAACCUCAGGUUGAAGAUGUCGAACCGUUGCUCUUAUCACCACAUGGAUUAGUUGUUUCAGUACAUGAUGAAAGAGAUAACACAAUUGAUUCAAAUGCUUCACCAAUUGCUGAUGAGGAAGUGUCACUACCAAGUAUUGAGGAAGAGCAAGAACCAGCUGUAAAGAAAAUACAGGAAGACAAGAUUGCAUUUCAUGUUGCCUCUCAAACCGGAGAUAGCCUUAGGGAACCGCCCCCAUCUAUUCUUCCAGUUUCUACUAAGGAUGUGGCAGUGGAGUUCCAUCAACCAGUGGAUUCACAGGUUCAAACAAUGGCAUUGACUACAACAAGUGCUCAAAUGACUGAAAAUAUUCCAUACGAACAACAUAGAGAAAAAAUAAAAAUUCUGAAGAAAUUUGAUGAUCACGAGGAAGUAGUUGAAAUAGCUACUGGACAUCCUUCUGAACGCUUGGACAUAUCUGCUGUUGAGGGUGAUAGACAUAGAGAGAUUUUUGAUGAUAGUGAUGAUAAUUUAAUGGUAGAAGUAAAAUUUAAGGGGAAAAAGUCUAAAGAGAAACCUAUACUUCAACUUGUUAGAGAUCCUGAUGAAAUGAGCACUGAAGUAAUAGUAGAAGCUGAAAGAAGGAAGAGGAUUGUGUUGAAGACUUCUCAUUCUGGUGAUACUGAAGUUCAUGUGAUUGAUGAUAAACAUUUAAGCAAAGAUCACUCCCCUCCUAAAGACAAACCUUCAGAAAUUUCACCAGAAGUUAAAUUCACAAUGCCUGAAAAAGAUACAUCAAAACAAAAAGAACUGUCUGACCCUCAAGAUAUGGAUCUGAAAUUAAGUGGUAGAGAAACUGUUGAACUGGACUCAUCUCCAGAGAAGGGAACAAUUGAAGAAUAUCAGUUUCAGUCAACCCCUGAUGAACCUCUCACAAGGUCAGUUGAUGAAAAGCUGGAUGUCAAGGAAAAAGACCUUCCUGAAUAUGUACCUGAAGAAGAAAAACAAGAAAAAAUUGUUCAUAUGGGUAUUGGGUUGGCUGUGACUGAAAUAAGUUCAACUUGUCUAAAUAUUUCUGACAUACCAGCAGAAAACACUUCUGUAAAAGAAUCUGAAAUUACUGUGUAUGAGGAAUCUGAGGGAGUACCUGAUUCCUCUGAAGAUGUCAUGAAGCUCUCAAGCCUUCAGGUGAUUAAUGAUAAUAACAUAGAACCAUGUGAAGGUCAAAAGUUACUUCAAGAAGGUAGUCAGACACAAGAGGGAUUUUCAGGAUCUCCUCUUACUAAAGACACUGACAUAGCAAAUGAGCCAGUGACUCCUGAAAAUGUCAGUGAAGAACAUCCUGAUGAUGAAUAUCCAGAAUUAUCACGGGUAAAAGAAUCCACUGCAUUACCAGACACUGAUGAUAUAUCUAUAGAAACUUCUUUAGCUGAAUCUACAGAAAUAAUUGUAUCAACUGAGGGUGAUAAAAAUUCUUCAGAUACUACCAAACCUACUGAACUGGAAAUAGUAUUUUUAGAUACAUCCUGUGUACAGUCACCGAUGGAGUUUGAUAGUACACACUCACAAGAAACAGGUUAUGAUCCUGAAGAUAUUUCAUCUGAAGUAUCUAUCCCUGAAAAAAAGAAAAAGAGAAGAAAGAAGAGAGCAAAACAGAUGAGUGAGGUACCACAGACUGUAAAAGAACCGCAGGUUCAAGAUGACAUCCAUGAACUAACAACCAUGACAUUAUCAAGGGUUGAAAGUAUAAUCACAACAGAUAAAGAGGAAAAUGUACAAACAGAUUAUCAACAAGCUUUACAAACUACAACAGCCACAAUUUCAGCAAAAUAUAUUGACGAUCCUGGUGAAGAAACAAUAUUGACAAACGAUGAAACUGAUAAUUUGAAAGAACAGGAUAAUGUGGAGGAAAUUAUGAGUCAAACAGAAACAGCUGAGGAACAUAAUGAAAUUUUGGAUAUUUGUCUCCAUCCUGAGGUUGUUCCCCAAAUUGUGAUGACAGACUCUUCAGUACAGGCCACUGUGUCAGUGGCUGUAGAAACUGUGCAGACAAUUUCCCCUGAGCCUUCUCCUAAAGAAAUUCAGAGCAAUGAUUUUAUUUCUGAAAUUGAUACGCAGACAUCACCUGCACCAGAAACAUUUGAUAUGGGAAUGCAAACAUUAUCUCCUGAAUUUAAAAUACAAGAUUUUCAAACCUGUGCUACUCAGGUCUCUUCUCCUGAAUCUGUACCUGAAAAACAAGAGAGUGAAAUAACACACAGUGCCACUCAAGUUACUACUGAAACUGAAGAGGGUUAUAUGCAGACUUCCCCCAUAGAACAAAUUAUUUCUGAUGUUGCUGAUGUUUCUUUACAGACUGUUAUCGACACUAAUGAAACCCUUGACAGUUUUGUUCAAACAUCUCCUGUCCCUGAAGUACCAGCGCCUACAAAUAUUCAGCCUGAAGAUUCAAAUGGUGUUCAUGAAGAGCAAAUUUCACCUGAAUUACAAGAUCAUGUACCCUACAUUGAAAAAACCGAAGAAGCCCCUCUAGCCAUUGGUGGUGUAACUGUUAGUUCUGUGACAGAAACUGUUCAUAGUUCUAUGCAAACCACAGAUAUGCCAACAAUAUCAUGUGAAAGUCAAACUUCACCAGAUGGUUUCAAAGAUACUGAGAGAAUGCCUACAGCAACAGUGAGCAUGCAAACCAACUCUGAGACAGUAAUAUCUGCAGAUAGCUAUAUGCAGACUUCUCCAAUGGAUUCAUUUCAAAUGGAAACUAUAAAUGCAUCAAUUCAAACUGAAACUAGUAAUACAGGAAAUAUAUCAACUCAAGCAGAUAUAGUAUUGCCAUCUGAGGGCAUUACUGUGGAUAUUCAAACAAAUAAGGAUGAACUUACUCCAUCAGUAGAAAUGUCUAUGCAAACGGACAUAGCAAAACUUCCUGUAACAGAAACCACUGACACUAUCAGUCAGACAAUUCAGUCAGGUUCUGGUACAAUGCCUGGAUCAGACAGUUGUAUCCAGACAACAGUUAGUGAACUGAUUCCGUCUGUUGAAGGUUCUACUCAGACUAAUCUUCAGCCUAGUACUUUCAUUGAUUCCAGUGUUCAAACAAAUAAGGAACCUUCGACAUCUGAACAGCCUCUACAUCCUGAAUUUGCCACUUCACCCAAAGAGCCACAAACUGAGAGAGAAAAGGAUGCUGAUAAACAAGAAAGAAAUGAAUCAUCAUCUGAAGAGCAAUUAGAAGUAAAUAUACAAGCAUCAAUUGUCUUCCCAACUGAAAGGACUACAUUAGUAGCUCAAAAAACUGUGAACAAACAAUCAUCACCUGCUCCACAAGAUGACAGAGAACCAACUCAUGCUGAAAAAUCAUUGAAGAAAAGACACAAAAAGAAAUCGAAAAGGAAUGACAAGGGUUCUGCUAAUAAAAAGCCUGAGACAACUGAAAAGUUGUCAGUUGCUGAUGUAGAGCGAUUUGUGGACAUUAGACCUUCUUCAGGUCGUGAAAUAAAUGAUUUGAAACCUCAACCUUCUGAACAGGUACCAGAUGCGAAGGAACUUCUAACUCCAAAGAGAACUGUUGAUGAUGAUGCUGAAGAGAUUGUUAGUAAGUCUUUGGAUGGAAAGGAUCCAUAUAGUCAGGUGCACAUUCAUGACUAUACAAAAUCUGAAAAUGCUAGUGAAAGGUUUGAAAGACAAGAUGUUCAAGAAUUAGUUAUGUCACUAAAAGAUAAUGAAGAAAUCUCCCUUAAACAAGAUAAGCCUAUUGUGAUUGAAGCAGAUAAUGUCGUUUAUAAGAUUGAAGAUUCUGUAGUAGCAUCUGUUCCUGAUUCAGUUAUGAAGGAAGAAGACAUUCCUUUAAAAGUUGAACCUCACUCAGCAAAUAUUGAUGAUGAUGUACAAAAAGUUGAUCUCAUCAUUGAGACCCAAUCAACAAAGAAUGGGAAUGAAAUUAACAUACAGGUUCCUGAAACUUUAUCUGACAAUGUGUCAAGAAAUUUUGAAAUAAUUCCUUCAGAACAAAGUUCAGAAAAAUCAGAUUUGAUUACUGCAGAAGAGUGCUACCGAAAAGAAAUAUGUUACCCAAAAGAAAAUGAGUGGAAACAGAUGCAGUGUCUUGUUGCUGAUCGUGUUCGUAAAUUACAAAAAGAAAGACAUACUACCCAUUUAUCUGGAGUUCUGUACUUGGCAACUCUGCAACAAAUUGUAGCUGAUGAAUCCUUUGAACAAAAGAAUAGUGCUUUUCAGGACGAUAUCAUUACAUUAAGAGACGCAGUUGAUUCAAAGGACAAAGCUGUUAUUCAACGAUCAGUUAUAACUAUUGUGGAAACAGUAUCCACUUGGUUGGAAAGUAUUGAAUAUCAUGUGUUGCUUAAUUGUCAACUUAGAACAGCUCCUACAAAAGACCAUAUUACAGAGUUGGGAAAUUUAAAACAAGAAAUCAUCAACGUAGGUGAGAAAGUUGAAGGUUUGAAUUCAGUUAUGGAAAAUGUCUACACAAUGUUUGAUGGUGAUGAUGCAAGUAAUAUGAAACAGUGUAUAUCAAGUUUACAGAAUCAAGUGGAGGCAAUGAAAGAAGUGACAGAUGAGAAAGAACAACAAGCUACCAAAGACUUGAAUCGCUGGGAAGAAUUCCUCAAUGGUGUCAAUAAUGUAAGUGUUUUAAUAGAAGAAUUGAAAGAACACUUAGACCAACUUGUGGAGACAGAUUUAUAUGUUCAUAGAAAAUUAGAGCUGCUGGAUCAUAUUGAAUCAACUAACCAUUCACACCAACAGAAAACAAUCCAACUGAUGAAUAAUGCUUGGGCUCUGUUAUGUGAUUUUCCUGGACAUGAAAUUCCUCCUGAACUCUAUAGUGCUUAUGAAACCACCCGAUCAAUAGAGCAUUCUGUAAAGUUAGAACGAGAUCGACAAUUGCAAUUAAUUGCCCUAGCCGAUGAAUAUGAACAGACUUUAAAAGAGUUUGCCCAGAUAGUCGAUGUUGCUGAUGCGCUAGUGGAAAGUUCAAUUGUUGUUUCUAGUCUUGAACACUUACAGGAGGAAAUGCAAAAGCAUCGAAAGUUUUUUGUCAAUUUGAGUCAUUGUCGCUGUAUACUGGAAUCGCUGGAAGGAAAUCUCGAUACAGAAACUCGUAACAAACAUUCAGGCCUUCAUCAACAAUUACACACUCGUGCUUCUGGGAUAUUGGACAAAGCUGCAGGACGUGCUCAACAAAUGGCUCUUGCAGCUUCAAGAUGGACUGUGCUGGAACAGGGCAUGAAAGAAGAGAGAAAUUGGCUGCAAGUUGCUCAUCAAAGAGUGCCAGAUCUUCAAAGUGUGACUUCUUCAGAAUAUAACCAAUAUAUUUCUCUCUAUCAGUCUCUUUCUGCUGAUGUGGCUGUUCAUCAUGGUCACUGUGCUCAACUUAUUGAAGUGGCAAGACGACUCCAAGAACUAGUACUAUGCCCAGGAUUGGAAGCACGUUAUGAUGAACAUCUAGAAGUUAUUGCCAAAUUGCAGGAAGACAUUAAUAAGAAUCUGCACUGCCUUCUAUCAUUUAGAGAUACGUGGAGGAACUAUGUGACAUUAACAGAAAAAUUAUUUCAGUGGAUGAUAUAUGCUGAAAAAGAAUUAGCUAAUAUAUCAUCUGAAGAUCAACGUCCAGGGACCAAUAUGAAACACUUUUGGGAAUUGAAAGCACAGUAUGAAGUACACAAUAACAUACGAAAUGAAGCCAGUAGUAAUUUCAAUGCAGCAAUGAAAAUCAUUCCCGUUGCUGAUGAGAAUUUGCAAUGUCAGCUUAAUGCAAAGUUGGAGGAAAGAUGGUGGAAUGUGUCCUCUCAAAUACAGAAUAUUCAAACUGCAAUCUUAGAAAUUUUAAGCAAUCAAGAAGUCCCAGUUAAAGAUAAGUUAGCAGCACUGCAACAAGAACUUCAAGAGCUUCAGUCAGCACUGAACGAUACUCAUAGAGUUAUCAAAAAAGAGGAAGAAUUGGAACUGUAUAUUCAGCGAAUGCAGGUAAUGCUUGGAGGUGUUGAACACAUACAAGAAGAGCUAAGUCGACUGGGUCUUCUGUCAGUUGACGAAACAGAGAAAGUUGGCAUUUUAUUGUGUGGAGCAGGAAAUAUUGAGUUACAAAUAAAGGAAGAGUUAGAAGGGGCAAUUCUGCUGCGUGAAAAAAUCAAUGCUAUUCAAAAAGGUUUGAAUAGAAUUCGCCGAAGCUAUGAACGUGCUUCUAAUGUUUUAGAUCAAUGUGAAAAAGGUGUAAAUCAGGGACAAGAUGCAGUAGAACAGGCUCUGAGAAAUUGUCAAGGAGUUUGUGAUGAACUCACUACUCUGUGGCAAGAUGUAAUGGACUUACGACAACUUCUUCAUACGCUUCCUAUGAGUCUUCAUCUUUCCAUAUCUCCUGUUCAUUUGGAAAGAAAUAUUUCACAAGUUCAAGACCAUCAUACUGCUUUGGAGUCUCGGAGUGCUCAUCUUCUUUCUUUGCUGAAAAAUAGAUUGACUAUGUGGCAACAUUUUGAACAACAGUUGGAGUUAGUUCAACAAUCUGUACAAGAAACAGAUUAUAUGAUGGAAUUAUUAACAGUUCAAGGAUCAGUGGAUUAUGAUCGUUUAGUGAAGGCAACAGAAUGUUUAGAGGGCCUGUACGGCUCCCUGGACCAGCGCGAGGACCUGCUGGACGAGCUGCGCGUGGCGGCGGCGCCCCUCGCCGAAUCGUGCGCUCCGGAAGUGAGCGCCAAGAUCAAGGUCGCCGUGGAGGACGUGGAGCGCUCGUGGAACAACACGCGGCAGACGCUGCGCGAGCUGUGCGAGCGGUAUCAGGAUGCGGCGCGCCUCUGGCGCCAGUACCGCGAGGCGAGCGACUGCGUCAAGACGUGGGCGGAGCAGCAGCUGGACUCCACGGCGCACCUGACGCCGGCCGAGGCCCUUCGCCACGUCAAG